CACCGGAGAGAGGGCGCCGGGCCGUGGCUGCAGAGGGCCGCGCUCUCGUCCGGGAUGAUCGCGUGGGGAGGAGCCGGGACUCUGGCCACGCGCGCGGCCGUUGCGGCGCUGCUCUUGUCCGCGCUGGCGCUCUACUGGCUGCCGCUGCGCGCAGUUUUAGAAAGAGCGUUUUCACUACAUAAAGCACAUUCGAUAAAGGUCAUGGAAAAUACUUUCCAGUUGGUGAGAAAUAUCAUACCUCCUCUAACCACCAAAAAGUACAAAGGACAAGAUGGAAGAAUAGGCGUAGUUGGCGGCUGUCAAGAGUACACCGGAGCCCCGUAUUUUGCAGCAAUCUCCGCUCUCAAAGUGGGUGCAGAUCUGUCGCACGUGUUCUGUGCCAAGGAAGCCGCGCCCGUGAUCAAGUCCUACAGCCCGGAGCUGAUUGUCCACCCCGUCCUCGAUAGCCCUCAUGCUGUUCGUGACGUGGAAGCGUGGUUACCCCGACUGCACGCCCUUGUUGUCGGACCUGGUUUAGGCAGAGAUGAUGUUCUUCUAGAAAAUGUCAAGGGCAUUUUAGAAGCAUCAAAGGCCAGGGGUAUCCCGGUCGUCAUCGAUGCGGACGGAUUGUGGCUGAUCGCUCAGCAGCCGUCCCUCAUUCAAGGUUACCGGAAGGCUGUUCUCACUCCCAACUACGUGGAGUUCUGCAGGCUCUACGAAGCUGUGCUUAGAGAUCCCAUGGACAGCAGGGAUCCUGAUGGUGCUGUACUGAGGCUCAGCCAGGCCCUCGGGAACCUGACCAUCAUUCAGAAAGGAGAGAGAGAUGUGAUUUCAGACGGUGACCAGGUGCUGGUGUGCAGUCAAGAGGGCAGCCGCCGCAGGUGCGGUGGGCAAGGGGACCUGCUCUCCGGCUCCCUGGGCGUCCUGGUGCACUGGGCACUGCUGGCUGGGUCUGAAAAGACAGACGGGGUAAACCCUCUGCUUGUGGCUGCAUUUGGUGCCUGUGCACUCACAAGGCAGAGCAGCAGCCAAGCUUUCCAGAAGUACGGGCGCUCCAUGACCACCACGGACAUGAUUGCAGAGGUUGGAGCUGCUUUCCGAAAACUCUUUGAAACCUGAACACCUGAGAGCAGGCAGAAAAAUGGGCACCACCGGUAGAGGGAAACCGCAUUUACAUUGGGAGAGAAAUGCCUGUCUAUGCAUGUGAUGGGUCAUUGGAACACUAACAGCACAGAUUUCUUGGUAGAUACCGAAAGUCUAGGAUAAAUUGGUUCACGUGGAAACUUUAUGGGAUGUAAUGAUUUCGGGCUAAAAUAGUAUGUAGCUGGAGAUGUUAUAAUGAAAACUAAAGUAUUCCUGAACUCUUCUCCAUUUCUCACCAAGAACUAAGAAAAAAAUUCAAGAGAAAUCAUAUGAGAAUGAAAAAUUCUUUCACCAGCUCACCUGAAUUUCUUGGCUUGAUUCCUCCAAGAUAAGCAGAGUUCUGUUUUUAGUUUUUCUAUACUUCUCGUUCUUGCUACUGAGUCACUUAAUUUUUCUUUUAUUUAUGCAAGUAGCUCCUUUUAUUCAGGAGGACCCAAUCAGUUGCUUUCAAAUAUCUACGUGAGUAAUGGUGGUUUUUCGAUUUUUUUUUUUAAACUGACGUCCACCAAGGGAUUUGUCUUUCGUUCUUCAGCUCGUUUUUGUUUGUUCAAAGCCGACUGGGUUGAAGUCUCUGGGCCGACAUACUAAGCGUUGGCUGUUGGAGCUGACUCAGCUGAGUGGUUUAGAAUACAGUGGUAACUGACUUAGGAAACCAUUUAAGAUGCAGUGGGAGGAAGAUCAGAAGGAAGCUUGACACCACUGAUGCGUCGGGUGGAUGGGUCAGGGGGAGGCUUUCUGAAAUACCUCACGUCAUACUGUCUCGGUUUUCCGUUUCCGCAGGCACGUAUGUCCUUCGGAGGGCUCACAGGCAUCAGCAAAAUAAACAUGAAUUGAAGGGACGUAGGUGGGAUGGUUGUGGUUCCACUGUUUCUGGUGUGGCCAACCAAUGUGUUGUUAUCUUUGGGGAGAAACAAGCGCAGUAAGUUAAACUUGGCCGUGGUGUUCUUGCUGCUUUGGAAUACGUGGAGCUUUGUUCCGUCUGGCGAUGAUAGUUCUGAGGGUGCCCGGGAGGCAAUACUAGCAGACACCAUUCUGUCAGCUGAUGAACAGGACAGCUGUGUCCAUCUGGUUUGAAAUGUGCAUGUCCUCGGGAAUAUUUACAGUCCAUUAAAGAAAUUGAUUCUCUCUGAAAUUUUAGUAAAUGAGAUGUUUUAUUCUAUUGUUAAUCUCCAGUAGCUCACUUUUUUUUUAAAUAAGAGACACUCUAUUCAAUACAACCUGUCAAGAUCUUGGAAUUUCCUUUACCUUUUUUUAAAAUUGUGCCUUAAGCGAAAGUUUGCAGAACCAAUUAGUUUCUCGUUCAGCAGUUCAUACACAAACCGUUUUACGACGUUAGUUGCAAUCCCCGCGGUGUGUCAACGCUCUCCCCUUCCCCGCCCCGGGUUCCCCAUAUCCAUCCGUCCGUUUCUCCUAUCCCUUCCUGCCUUCUCAUCUUGAUUUUGGGCAGGUGUUGCCCAUUCGCUCUCGUAUACAUGACUGAAUGAAGACGCACGUUCCUCUUGUUUUUGUUUUACAGACCUGUCAACACGUGUUUCGUAUGGAUGGUUUUUACGGUGGCAUCUGCUUUUAAAAUGGGCUGACAUACGCUUAUUUGCUAGUGCAGUUUCUCAGUGGGGUUUGGUGCAUAACAUGCAAUUGAGUAUCCUUUUACACCUUUAACAAUGCUUUUUCUACAACAAAUGCAAAAUCUACACGGUUGCCUUACUGCCCUUUUGGUUGAUAACUCUGUGAUUCAACCUAUCUCACCCUAAACUGACUUUACUUUCCUUAAAACUAUUAAAUCACCUGUUAACAACUGGUAAACAAUGUUUGCUACUGUUAUUUCAUGUCUUACUUUAGAAGCUUCACUAUCUACACGUGAACUUCUCUGCCAAAACCGGCGAACAUUUUUUUCCUUUGGGUCACUACAUCUGAACACUGUUAAACGAAAAACAGCUAACUUAUUUAAGUGUAGAGUUUUGUAUUUUUUUCUUCUAAAUUAAAAAUCCAAAAACCACCUUUCGCCUUUUCUAAGUGAGGGCAUUGUCUGAUACUUGAGAGAGAAAAACACAGAAGCCUGUAUGUAUAAAAUGUAUGUUUUUCCCCAAUGCAUACCAGUAUGGUUCCCAUUAAGUAAUUUAAGAACAAGCCUGAAAUGCAGCCAUUUCUUUCCAUAUAAAAUAAAAUCCAGCAAAGCCACAGGAACUGUUACGUUUUUUGUUAACAUUUUUGCUUCACUGGGAGAUAAGGAGUAUACCCAAGUCCGGUGCUGAUUUUUUUUUUAAAGGAGGUUAUUAAUCGCUUCACUUUUCUUUUACAAUGAAUCAGUGCUUACUCACCAGCACCAGCGAGAGCAGCUCAAGUCCUUCCUGAGUUUCCCUGGACCAGGCUGACAACACUGGCGAGUCUAUUGUUUGGAUGGUCAAAGUGAGGCUUCUGGGUCCUCAGGCGAGACACUCAGCUCCCUUGGAGCUCUGCACUGACCCUGCUGGGUGUUUUAUUUUAACAAGCUCGCCUGCCAUCUGGUGAUCCCAGCUUUACCAUUCACAGGCUGGGUAACUUCCAGCAAGUCGGUUUCUGGACCCGCUGCGUUAUCUGCAGAAUAGGAAUACCAGUGACCUUUCCGGGUCAUGAAGAUUACAUGCUAACGUGUGCAAAGCUCCUGAAUUACAACUGUCAGUAAGUGUAAGCCGUUCUGACCACUGACCUGGCCGCUGUCUACAGCUCCAUCCACGGGAUUUAAAUGUUAGCUCUACAGUGACUCUAUCACGGGAAUACAAGAAAAUGAUAUGCCCGUUUCAGGAUCUAACAGCUGGAGACUAGGCCGGGCGAGUGUCACCUGGUUUUCUGUUUAUUCACUUAAUUAUUGCACUCCACCUCAGAAGGAGCCCUGGUGGCACAAUGGUUAAGCGCUCAGAUGCUAACCGAAAGGUUGGAGGUUCAGACCCACCCAGUAGCUC